AUGCCCUCCCUCACCCUGACUGACCCGGACAUGAUCCUGCCAUUCGAUGGCAGCGAGCGCGAAUCCCAAACGCCCUCCCCGCCCUCGCAACUCGUCUAUCUGACCAACCUGAACGCCCGCUACAACGCCGCCGAACCCCAUGCCGGCUCGCUGUCCAGCAGCAGGCCCAAGAAAAAUUUUUCCCGGCACUGGACCCACGACGACCUGAGCACGAGCGCGAGUCGCCGGCUGUCUGAUAUCGGAGAGGAAUUGUCACCGGCGCGCUCGACCAGUUUCGAAGAACAGGAGGAAGAGGAGCACAUGCAGGAGGAGCAGGUCCAAUCUCAUGGCCAGCAUGCGGGAUACUAUGCUGGGCAUGAGCAGGGACUCGCGAGCUCACCUCUUCUCCCGGAUUCGACCGAGAAAGACAAUGCCAGUAGCUCGAGUUCGACGGUGAGUGCGGGGAGCGCACGUGGUAAGGAUGUCUCGUCGCAAAGUGCGCACGAGCAGGUCUCGAGCCAGCAGCAACGCCAUGAAUAUGUGCAGCCCAGUGGGCUGUCGGGCAGUGGAGCCGCCAGUGCAAGCGCGAAUGUCAAUGGGCACACGAUGCCCCCCGGCGCGCCUGAUUCCAGUGUCAUCGCGUCCGCCGCAAAGGGCAAAGGACCUGGCGAGGAGUUCUCGUCGGCGAUUUUGAGUAGCGAAGCAGAGAGGAUUUUGGAUAACGCGAAGAAGCGAUUGACUUUAAUGGAAGGCAAUCUGAACCGUGCCCGUUCAUCGGUGCGUUUGACACCCUCGCCCUCGCCCUCGGCGCCAGGGACGACGUCGCCCAUGGGAAUGCCAGCCGGAGGAUUGUACCGUUCGAUCUCCAAGACCGAUCGUCGCGGCUCAAUGCUGCGUCGACAGUCGCACUUGCCGUCCAAGGAUGUGUCGACCAACCGGCACUCGCGCGUGCACAGCGAGACCAAUUUUCCGCCCGAGUCGAGCUUGUCGACUGACACGAAGCGAUUGUCUCGCUCGGUCAGCGCAAUGGGCUCAAGUAGCUCGACCUACCAUAACGACGACCGUUCGUUUCACUACGAGCCGACGAGAGCGUAUUUGACCCAUCGCGCGUCUAUCUCUUCCAUGAAACCACCCUACAUUGAGCAGGAAGCGCCAUCGCAGGAGCAAUCACCGCAGUCUCCGCAGUCUGGGCGAUCCCCGGUGGCUACUCAUUCGCCAGUGUCAAUCUCUUAUGAUGGAAGUGGCUCCUUGGAUUCGCCCCAGGGACUGGGUAUCUCGUCUGAGGACGAGUCCAAAUCCACCAAUGGUGGAGACUUCAGCCCAGUCUAUAGUUCAUAUGGUCCACCGAGCCGCGCUCAAUCCCAGCUGCAGGUGCGGGAUCUCCAGUACCAGAUGAAGGGCUUGCAUAUCAAAAUUUCUUCUCUCAAAGUCCGCACCCAGGAGGACAAUCUCCGCCGGCGCAGUCUGCAGAGCCUCCGCACACCCAGCCCCCUGACAGCCGCGGAUCCUUGGUUCCAGAACGCCCUCGAGCUCCGCGAAGGCCAAAGCAGCCGCGGAUCUAAUGCCAGACGGGACGGUAGUUCCGAGUACGCUCGGGAAUCUCGUCCCCAGAGCCAGAACCCGGCCCCCAGCAAAGAAACGCCUCCGCAAGAGACUGACGAAAGCCCCGUGGAACAACAACCCCAGUCCAAGCGCUCCAGCUCAGACUGGCAGUCCCAACAGCCUGUUUACCACCAUGAACGAGAACAAUCGACUGCACAGAGUAUGUACGAAGAUGCCGAGGAGGGUGAAUACGAGGGCGAGAUUGAUCGGGAAGCUCUGGAUGAGAUCCUGCGCGAGCCGCUGGAUGAAGAUCUGGAGAGCUCUGUACCUCAUGAGGAACGCGAGGACGCUUUCGAUUAUGAGCACUUCAUUCUUCAUAGUGCACUGGGAAACUUCUCUCAUCAGCUUCGUCGCCCGAGUAAUGCCUCCCACGAAUCGGCUGAGACGACUCGACCAAUGCGGCCGGUCCGACAUUCGCGCAAUAACAGCGCAAUGUCCGACUCCACCGUCGCUACCUUUGCUACUGCGACGGAAGGUGAACCCAUACCGGAGGAGGGAGACGACAUUGACGAUAUGCUAUACUGGGAUCGCCGGUUCAACCAUGAACUGCGCCAUCGCCACGCCCACGAAGAAGACCCCAUCAUGGAAGAAACUGACCGCUCCGAAACCCCCCGCGGGCCCCGAGGAGACGACGACGGCGAAAUCACCCCCGUCGGAAGCCAGUUUUACGACGCGAGCGGCCGAUCCUCAUCCGCCACAGCAGGCUCCGCAACCCCGACCUCUCUCGUCUCCUCGCUCGUCUCAACCGUACGAGCUGCCUCCGCCUCAAGCCCACACCAAAGCUCCACCCCUACUUCGGGCGGCAUCAACGACGAUGACACCCAGAUGCUGGAACAACUGUUUCAGAGCCUGGGCAAUGUCUGCAUGGACCUCCAGGCUAUCACCACCUCCCCCGAUCCAGAUAUGAAGACAGCACGGGUGCUGCGACGACGAUUGGAUGCGGCGAGGAGAGUGCUGGAUGGAGAACUUGAUACUUGA